CUGAUGGUCCGCCGUACUUGAACGUGUGUUUAUUGGACAUGAUGUAAUUUUUGUAUGCAAAGUAUUUUUGACAAAACCCACGAGUCGUCAAACAUCCCUGAUGAUGUCAAGAAAGCAGUGGUUGUUUCUCGACGAGGGAUUUCCUGUGAAACAUUCUCGGUUCCUCUUUCGGUGCCGGCCACCCGCUUUAUUUAAAGCCCUCUGACAACUGUGUGUCUUCAUAUGAAGUGAAUACUUCCAACAUGAUGACGAGGAUGCGUUACUGGACUCUCCUCACAUUGGUCGUCGCCAUCGAGGCCGUGGCUCUGAUGCCAGAAGGUGCUGAUCUUCCCACCAAACCCAGCGCGCAUUGCUGGUGUGCGAGUUAUCCCAAUGUCACCUUCUGCUCCUGGACGGAACCCCCAGGCUCCCAUCCUCUGGACUACAUCGUCUCUUACAGUGAGAGACGCCAGCCAUCAAUCAGCAAGCCUUGUCGUCUCAUUCCUCCCACCUCCUCCUUUUCAUCAUCAUCAUCAUCAUCAUCAUCAUCGUCCUCUUCUUCCUCCGAGCAGUUGUGGCACUGCCACUUGCCCGACCUGAAGCUGCUGACCGAUUAUGUCAUCAACGUGACCACUGUGUCUUCUUCUGGAAGCAGCAGCGUUCAUCUCAGCAGCUUCAUGCUGGAGGACGUUGUGAAACCUGACCCCCCUGUGGAUGUCAAGGUGUCGCCCCACAAUGCCAGGAAUGUGUUGAUGGAGUGGUCGCCUCCCCCGACGUGGAUUUAUCUGGACAUGGCACCGCUUAAGUACCAGAUCACGUACCGGUGGAACCACAAGGGCCAAGCCAAAUCUGUCAGUCUUGGUCCGUUGGAGAGCACCAGCGUGGAGCUGAAGGGUCUGAGCCCAGGAAGAGAGUACGUGUUUCAGGUGUGCGCAAUGGACCUCCUGGGUCUGGGCCAGUGCAGUCAGUGGAGCUCGCCCGUCAUCGUGACUUUACCCACACUUUAAACACCAUAAAUCAGGUCGUUGAGUUGAUGUCAGGAUUUGUUGAAUGUUUUUGCUAAUCACUCCAAAAAAUAUACUUUUGUUGGGAGGUCUCAACACCCUUGAUUCAUCAGUAUGGCACUAAUGUUAGCACUUUUUUGAAGAAAAUAAACAAUAAAUUACUGCAUGUACUGUUAAAUUGUCUCACCGUGUGUUGCUGCAUUGUUUUGAGUUCAAUCCACUGCUUAAAGAGUUCUCGUGAUGAAA